GCCUGCAGACAUCAUUCCUUCAAUCCAUGACGCUCUCCACACGUGUCCGCAACGAACUAUUCUCCGUGGGAUUGGACGCUAGUUACGCUAGCCUAAUACCCAUCAAGAUACCCCAGACUCGUCCGUUUGGUACUGUCUCCAUGAAGAAGAGGAUCCAUCAGGAGCCCUCAGCAAUCACGAACGAAGCCACGCCAAAAGGAGAUCACGGCCUAAAAAAACCACCACGCCACGGCCAGCCAUGGACGACCGAAGAGCACGAAUUAUUUCUUCGAGCUCUGGAGAUUUUUCCAUCGGGGCCGUGGAAAGAUGUGGCAUCUUUUGUCGGUACGCGCACCACUCGUCAGGUCAUGACGCACGCUCAAAAGUACCGAGAAAAGAUUAAACGUCGUCGCCGUGGGUUGUUGUCACCGAGAACCAAGAGUAUUCCACACUCAGAAAACUAUCGUGAUCUCGCAGUCAUCACUACCCCUGAAGCGCAUGAGCCUAGAUCACCAGAAACUACGGGCACUUCUCCAACCGCCGUCGAUAGGCACUCAACUGUGGCCGCGGAGCCGCAACAGAAUGACUGGUUCGAUCGGGUUUGUAUGGAAGAUAUAGACGCUGCCUUCAGAUAUUUUCAAGAGCUCAACGAUCCAUUACUAUUCCCCGAGGUAAUUGAUGUGGACUUUUCUCUGGAUUUCAAAACCAACGGUGGUCGCGGCAAUUGCAGUGCUGGAACCUUUGAUGUCGUGCCUUCCGACAGUUAAUGAAGCAACCCGAGAACUACACAAUCAUCAGCCACGAAUCGGAACACCAAUUUACCUUGACGACUUAAUGUGAGCUGUCAGUACCGUUAAACAGUUAAGUGAUUAAGAAAACUAUCUGUAUAACCCAGCGAUUCGAGUCAACCCG